AUGGUUUCCAAAACAAAGGAAGAGGAUGAGAAAUCCUCAGAACCACCGUCGUCUCUGACUCUUCCUUCACUUCCUGAAGAUGUCAUCGUCGACAUCUUAGCGCGUUUAUCAAGAUGCGACCAUCCAACACUCUCACUUGUUUCCAAGCACUUUCGGUCACUCGUUGCUUCGGCUGAGCUAUACUCAAGAAGAUCCUUGUUGGCCUGCACUGAGGACUAUCUAUAUGUUGUCCUCGAUGACAAAAACUCCUGUUAUUUUUACCAUUGGUAUAUCCUCUGCCGGAAAGCCAACGGCAGUCACUGCUUGGUUCGUGCCCCCUCGACGUUUCCCAUUUUGUAUUACGCUGCAAGCUUUGUGGCAGUGGGUUCUAGGAUAUAUGUUUUUGGUGAGAUUGACCAUACAAAUAUGACGACAAAUGCGUUUUGCAUGGAUUGUAGAACCCACAAGGUGGAACCCAUCCCAAGCAUCCCUCUUCUUUUGAUGUCAGGAAAUGAUUAUAGCCGCUAUCUAUCUACUGGUGGUAAGAAGACUUCUGGUGGUAAGAAGACUUCUGGUAGUACGAAAAGUUCAUCCCGUCAUACCAAUCCGGGUAGUUCUUCUAGUUCUCAGAUGGCCGAGAGUUUGGCUGUUCCUAAUAGCCAGACGCAAGCUUCCCCUCCAGCUCCCGCCCCAGCUCCUCCAGCUCCCGCCCCAGCUCCUGCAGCUCCCGCCCCAGCUGCAGCUGCAGCUGCUCCCGCCCCAGACCCGGCGGCAGAUUUAGCGGCAAUCAAUAUGAUUUUGGCUAGUCCUGGACAUGAUCGUCUUCCUCACCUCCAUCCAGAUCGCCCUCCAAAUACGCUUUGGUAA